UUGAGAGGGUUUUCCCAACUUUCCAGAAGUUUCUCCCCGGCCCCUUAUAUACCCCCUCCGCGGGACCGGGAGGUGCACAGGGAGCCGAGCAAAGCCGUGUCCCGACCCCGCAGCAGGUGCUGGGAGGCGCAGGGUGCUGCUGAAGCCAUGUGGAUUAUGGUGGGGCUGGCCCUCCUGGGCCUCGCUGCGGCCGUGCCCUCGGAGGACAGGAAGCUGAGUGACAAGGCCACCACGCUGGCCGAGCGCAGCACCACGCUGGCCUUCAACCUCUACCACGCCAUGGCCAAGGACAAGGACAUGGAGAACAUCCUGCUGUCCCCCGUGGUGGUGGCCUCGUCCCUCGGGCUGGUGUCCCUCGGGGGCAAGGCCACGACGGCGUCGCAGGCCAAGGCGGUGCUGAGCGCGGACAAGCUGAACGAUGAGUACGUGCACAGCGGGCUGUCCGAGCUGCUCAGCGAGGUCAGCAACAGCACCGCCCGCAACGUCACCUGGAAGAUCGGCAGCCGCCUCUACGGCCCCGCCUCCAUCACCUUCGCCGAGGACUUCGUGAAGAACAGCAAGAAGCACUACAACUACGAGCACUCCAAGAUCAACUUCCGCGACAAGAGGAGCGCCCUCAAGUCCAUCAACGAGUGGGCAGCGCAGACCACGGAUGGGAAACUCCCGGAGGUCACCAAAGACGUGGAGAAAACUGAUGGGGCCCUCAUUGUCAAUGCCAUGUUCUUCAAGCCUCACUGGGAUGAGAAGUUCCAUCAUAAGAUGGUGGACAACCGUGGCUUCAUGGUGACCCGUUCCUACACCGUGGGAGUGCCCAUGAUGCACCGCACAGGUCUCUACAAUUACUAUGAUGAUGAGACAGAGAAGCUCCAGGUGGUAGAGAUGCCACUGGCUCACAAACUCUCCAGCAUGAUCUUCAUCAUGCCAAAUCAUGUGGAGCCUCUGGAGAGGGUGGAGAAACUGCUGAACAAGGAGCAGCUCAAGACCUGGACUAGCAAGAUGAAGAAGAGAUCAGUGGCCAUCUCUCUCCCAAAAGUUGUCCUGGAAGUCAGCCAUGACCUUCAGAAACACUUGGGUGGCCUGGGCCUGACAGAAGCCAUUGACAAAACCAAGGCUGACUUGUCCAAGAUCUCCGGCAAGAAAGACCUUUACCUGUCCAACGUGUUCCACGCCGCGGCUCUGGAAUGGGACACGGAAGGGAACCCCUAUGAUGCCGAUAUCUAUGGCCGAGAGGAGAUGAGGAACCCCAAACUCUUCUAUGCUGACCACCCCUUCAUCUUCAUGAUCAAGGACACUAAAACCAACUCCAUCCUCUUCAUUGGCAGGCUCGUGAGGCCCAAAGGCGACAAGAUGCGUGAUGAAUUGUAGUUGGGUUUGUUUUGGUUGGGUUUUUUUUUCCCCAGAGCUUUGGUUUGUGUGUGUUUUUAGGGGGGGAUUUUGACAAAUGGGAAACACUAUUUUGUAUCCUUCUCGAACCAUGGGUGCUAUUCAGACCAGGGUGCAUUGUGAGGAGAAACCAGCAUACACUUUACCUCACCCCAAAGUCCAGAUUGCACAAACCCACCUCCAGAGAGGAGCAGGGGAGCCUGGCACCAGAGGGUCACCAUGAGUCAGCUGAGGUGGCCACAUUGAAGCCAAGCUCCUCCCUGCACUGGUUAAGCCUCCUGCUCAGUUCCCUGCUGCUUCACCAGCCCUGCCAAGGCACCACCCUCCCAUCCCAAACGCUUCCAUCCCACCGCACAUUUAGCGCUGCCGCUUUCCUCCCGCUUGGGUGCCCUGUGAGCUGCUCCCCGCUUUUCUCUUCCCACUCCAGGGGUGUGUGACAGAGCUCCAAGGGCCAGUUGUGCAGUCCAGCCCCUGCAGAGCCCUGGGGCAGAGCAGGAGGUGCAUGGGAGAUUGGAGAUUGCAUGGAGUUGUGCACUUCUGUCCUGCCUAACCCUGUGCUCUGCGUUGGAUGCUUCAACCACAAGAGCUCCUUAGGGAGAGCAUCAAAGCCAAGAGCGCCUUGGAUCAACACUUCAUGGAGAACUAGGGGGUUUUGGGCUGUCAGGGACAGCUGUACACUUCUGUAGGGCUGGGAAAGAUUAUGUUCCCUCUGUCAGGGCUCUCCCAGAUCUGGUUCCAAUCAGCUCCCUGGGCACUUGACCAAGGCACUCCUGACUGGCUUCUCACAGGGAGGUGGGACCAGGUUCACCUGCACUUUCUUGCUUAAUUAAACACAAAGCUUUAAAGCUGCCAUUACAUGACUUCCUAAUUAUGCUCUGCUGAAGCUCCAUGGUACUUUAGCUCUCUGUCUGCUGACCUGGCUAAGGAGACCCUGAAAAGCAAAGGUAUUUAUAGUUAUAUUUAUGUCUGGUAAUUAGCAGGUUUCACAGCCUGAUCCAGGCUAUUCCUAACUUCUCUUCAAGGGAUAUCAUCAGGUCAGUACUAUUUAAAGGAGCUGAUACUAGCCCAUUCCAGCACUUGCCAUGCACUGAGAGACACCACAAGGCAAAUACUGAGAUUAUGGAAAUGAUGGAAAUCCAUGUGUCCUAAUAGAAUUGCUAGUUCUGUGAUACCAGCAUGGAGCACCUCCAUGGCUUUGCUUUAUCUCCCUGCCAAUUUUCCCUGCUGACAUAGAAGCCCAAUACUGCAUAUUCCCAGGGGCUGGGAGGCAGGAGGCAAUGCCAAGGAUGUCCCCAAACGUGGGACACUUCCCAGUGAUUCAGCGCACUGAACCCACACACAGAACGUUCUGGAGGCUGGGCUGGGAGGGUGAAAGGGGUGGGCAAGGCAAGAACACACUGUGGGAUAUUGUGAAUAAUUUGCAUCAUGUGGAUGCAGGUGUCUGAUGGCUUUUAUUGUCUGUUCUUGUACCGCACAGCGACAGUUGUGUAAUUUUGCAAUAAAACUUUUUCAAUGAAAAA